UGAACUUUGGGGGCAAAUAACUGGGGUGGCCUCAUCCGUACACCUCGACGAGACACUGGUGCAGCUCCGAGUGUCUGCCAGCCAAUGGUUUCUAUGGAUUCCAGGGAGUGAGAGGACAGGAUGGAGGAGAUGUGGGACGGAUGGUGCUGGUCCUCUGACUCCCAGAAAUCGGGUGCCCCGGCCUGCUGGGAACAGGACUUCUAAAAGGCAAUAUGUCUGGAAGGCUGUGGUCCAAGGCCAUUUUUGCUGGCUAUAAGCGGGGUCUCCGGAACCAAAGGGAGCACACAGCUCUUCUUAAAAUUGAAGGUGUUUAUGCCCGAGAUGAAACUGAAUUUUACUUGGGCAAGAGAUGUGCUUAUGUGUACAAAGCAAAGAACAACACAGUGACUCCUGGUGGCAAACCAAACAAAACCAGAGUAAUCUGGGGGAAGGUAACUCGUGCCCAUGGAAAUAGUGGCAUGGUUCGUGCCAAAUUCCGAAGCAACCUUCCUGCUAAGGCAAUUGGACACAGAAUCCGUGUGAUGCUGUACCCCUCAAGGAUUUAAACUAAAGGAUUUAAAUGAAAAGUAUAUAAUAAAUAAAAGUGGAUUUGUGUUCUUGUACUUUUGUUAAGUGGCUUAAAACUUAUUGCCCUGAAGUGAGUUACUGUAUGCUUAAAGUGGUGGGGGUUAUUCAGCCUUUUCAGGAUACAAGGAAGUCAGAGCUACAUGUAAUGGUGAUUACAGAGAUUUAGAAGGUAAUGGGAUUUUAAUGUGAGUUAUCUUAAUACAAGGCCUUAUGGGGGGGGGAAGUAAGCUUUGGGAAAGUAGGAAGGUGACUGCCUUCAUCAAAUUGAGAGUAAGUGAAAGAAGCUUAAAAUUGUCUUUUAUAGUACCUUGUAAUAAUAUGUACUUGUUCAACACAGACUAGUUGGGGAAAGUUAUGAGUAAAAAUGGGCAUUGGGAAUAAUUUGAAUGGAGAUUAUAUUGAUGUUAUUUGGCAGUUCAUUAGAUAGACUGGGAUGAAAUGUCCUUAGGAUUUGUGACUGGACAAAAUACUUGACUGGGAGUAAUAUGUAGACUGAAAAUAUCAAACAAAAUGAUGCUACAUGGUUCCACUUCAGAAAAAGUAAUCCUGUGAUGUGUGGGGGUUGGGAACAGUGCAUGGACAGGUAGCUCUCCUUGGCUUUUUGUUUUAAUGUAAUAAAUUACAGAUUUGAGAUAUUUUAGGAUAUUACAAAGGGGAAAGUAAGCAGGGCGCAGAGUAUUUAAAUUUUUAAAGGAUGUUCUAAAAUAAUUUGAAUUAUGGUGUCAGUUUGCAGUAUGGUCAUUGUGGGUUUCUAACAGAUGCAGUUAGCAGCUAGUCCUUCUAUUAACUAGCAAAUCUUUAUAUUCCACUGAAAAUGUCAACAGGAUGCAGUUCUGAAAUGUAUUUGGGUUCUCUUGUCAAGUACCAAAAAAGCAUUAGCAUGCUAGAAAUUGGGGAAAGGAGGUUACAUUCAAGCCAGAGUUGCCAUUGUAGGAGCCCUGUGUUUCAUGGAAAUGGGCUUCCAUUUGUACUCAUGCCAGGCUUAUUCAUUGAGAGUGUGGCCUCAAGGCAAAGUGCAUUGGAAGAAGCAUCAGCUUGGGACCAUUGGUCAAUUAAGCUUUCUUCACCAGAUCUGAGCAGUGUAUUUCAUGGUCAACAGAAGUUAGUGCAUUAGUGGUUAUUAGAAUCCUAAGGAUAUUGGACUUGGGAAGUUUGGUGUCAUGGGCAGAAGUGCCAGUCUUGGGCCUACUCCAGUGAGAUUUAGUUCUUCCUCCAAAAAGCCAGUGUUAAAAGAACUGUGUUCAUUGUGCCAGUUAAGUAGAUGUGAUCAGUACCCUUGGAGUAGUUAGGAUUAGGGGCAUGUAAAUAUAUUGCUUAAGUAAAUAUAAAACAAACACUUGGGUAGGCUUCUCAGAAAAAGGAAAUGGCAUGAAGAUUUUUGAAUAAAGAAGGCAUUUGAGCCAUUGAAACUGGGUUAUUUAAUUUAGUGUGACAACCCUGUUGGGGGAGUGGAGAAUAAAUGUAGAAAAUUGAGAAAUGCCACAUUAUGAGAGCUUGUGUACUGCACUGGGGGUUUUAGUCUUCUUAUGUGUCACUGAAGAACUUGGUUCACGGGUGACCAGAUUAAUAUUUUAGAAAGAUCUCAAUGGCAACCCAGCAUAAAAAUGAAGGAAGAGAAAAUCAGGCUUUGCAGUCUUAAUUGAGAUUUUUGAGCACUGAAAUAGGAGAUUCCAUAAACGGUGGGUUUUAAAGCAAUUGAUUGUAGUGUGGAGGCUUCAAGGAUAGCAUAUUCCUGGGUUUGGUGGCUGGAUGGAUAAUGGUGCAUUUGCAAAGUCGGGAAAUCAGGAGAUGGUUUUAUUGGGGUGGGGGGGAAGAGAACUUGAGUUUGAAGAAGCUGUAGGAGGGCAGGUGGUUAUUUCAGGCCUGGAUUAGGCAUAUAAAGAGGAAAAGAAGUCACACGAUUCCAUCGCCUUUGGAGGAAUUCAGUGACUGUGGUAUCCUGAAUGGGCUAUAUAGGAGAGUAAUGGGAGUAAAUAAACAAGUAGUGGUGCUAGACAUUUGAGCAAAGUGGGGCGGGGGGGAAGGUUGAGAAUCCUUAGGGUAACCUGAGUAUGUGUGCAUUGACAACUGAGCCUCUCAUGCAAAUAUGUGCACUUCUCAACUGAGUUGAUGCAGCACAUGUAAAUGUGAGGAUGUAUUAGAGGGUGAAUAAAACUAAUGCCAUUUUGUGCCCUGC